GUAUUCUCUGACUAUUCACUAUUCUGGUUUUUGAAUUAUCUGCUCUGUGCUCAACUGCUCAGGCGUGACCACGUGAACUCUAGAACUAGUCAUUUUCAAGUGGAGAAAAAGCUUUUUGGUAUAAACAUUUUAUUAAAAAAGCUCAUUUAUGUAAAACCUUAAAGCAGUUUUUCCAAAAGUUUAAAGUAUCACAGGAAUUUUUGUUAAGGUAUAUAAUAUAACUCGAGAUGGCGGUGAACGUGUAUUCAACAAAUGUAACAUCAGAGAAUCUUUCUCGCCAUGAUAUGCUGGCGUGGGUGAACGAUGCUCUUCAAUCUAAUUUUCGCAAGAUAGAGGAACUGUGUACCGGCGCUGCGUAUUGUCAGUUUAUGGAUAUGCUGUUUCCUGGUAGUGUACCAAUGAAACGUAUCAAGUUCAAGACAAACCUUGAACAUGAGUAUAUACAAAACUUCAAAAUUCUACAAGCAGGCUUUAAGAAAAUGACAGUGGAUAAGGUAAUACCAGUGGAUAAACUAAUAAAGGGCAGGUUCCAAGACAAUUUUGAGUUUUUACAGUGGUUUAAAAAGUUCUUUGACGCUAAUUAUGAUGGGAGGGAAUAUGACGCGUUUGAGGCGCGUGGUGGGAUUACAAUUGGAUCUGGAGCUUGCGAGAGUGGAGUGCCACUUUGUAGUGCUGCUGUUGUUCCACCUCCUCGUGUCCGGCGUGCUGCACCUUUACAACAAUCGGGCAUCGGGAGGGCUAACACCGGUGUGAAAUCACCUCCAGUGAACCUGAGACUGAAUCAGAAUGCUAAGGGAGACUCAAAGGUUAUUGAAGAGCUGAACCAUCAGCUUAACGAAUUAAAAGCAACAAUAGACGGUCUUGAGAAAGAAAGAGACUUCUACUUUGGAAAACUGAGGGAUAUAGAAGUUAUUUGUCAGGAAGUGGAAGAAAAUCCUAAUGUUCCGAUUGUGCCUAAGAUUUUGGAUAUAUUAUAUGCUACUGAGGAUGGAUUCGCACCUCCAGAGGACUUAGACGGAGACAAUGCCCAUCCACCCGAGGAAGAUGAAUACUGAACACAAGUCAUCAUAGUGUAUUGUAUAAUAUAGCUUCCAUCAUCGACAAUACCGAGUGCUUUCUAUUUCACAGCCAAUAAUUAGUGAUUCUUUGUAAUAUAAGACAUAAAAUGGUAAAAUAUUAGAUUAUGUUAAUUAUUACUACUACAUAGCUCAAGUCAUAGUUCAAUAUCUAAAUUACUCAGGUUAGCUUCACUUACAUAACAUUGAAUAGUGUUACCUAAACUAUUAGCUCUGUUACUGAAAUAAUUGACACUUUGUUAUUUUAAAGUGAUCACUUCUGGGAUUAUUUAAAUUAAUUAAUUUGUGACCAAAAUUUAUGAACGAUGCAGGACGCGUUGUACUCGAAAACUCGUUGGCUCAUGUUAUAAGAGCACUUGGACGGAACCCGAGAGGUCACGGGUUCGAUUCUCGCAUCAUCCAUAAAUUUUGGUCUCAAAUUUAACUCGUAUAAAAUAUAAUACAACCGUGUUUAUUCAUGAUAUAUUCCAAUGUUGACGAUCAGUUAACAACUUGAUAGCUACAAUACAUAGUCUCAACAUCAUAUCAGACAUAAAACAUGUCAAGUCCAAUUUCAACCUAUUAAUGUAGAAAGAAGUAUUUUUUUCGUAAAACAAAUAAAAUUUGGUUUGUAAACAAACUUAUAUCCUAUUCUUCAAAGACAACUUAUUUGGUUUGAUUAUAUUAUGUAUAAUUUCAUUCAUUCAUUGUCAUUUUUAUUUCCUAUAGAACUUGAAGCACUUGUGUUACUAACAAUGUUAGUCUCCCUCAACCAUAUAUUUCCAUGUAUUAUCGCGUUUCGUGUCGAGUGGGUCAUUCUUGAAAGCUUAUACAAUACAUAAAUAAAUAUAUUUAAUUAUUUUAAAAAUAUAAAAAUCACUAGUAGACAACCACUAUCGGGAUAUUUACUGUGUGGGGAUUUUUUAAGUUGCAUAAAUCCAUGUUGUUUUUAACGUCAAGAUCGUGGGACAACAUAAAUAAUUUUAUAUAUUGUCCAGAGAAUCAUUAAGUGGCUGUGGUAUAUGUAAGUGCGGAACUAAUGUCGGAGCAGUAUUUCUUGACUGACUUUUUAUUCCUUUGUUUUCACUUUUCCAUAAUUCGAAGUGCAAAUUGUAUUAUAAUUUGAUUUUUAUGUUGGUAAAUAUUUUAAAUAUCCUGAGUGUAUGUUUUUGACAUUUGGAAAAUGUUAUUAGAGGUGAGACUUAACUAGAUCGGUUUUUGUCACAAAAAUCUCAGUAAAUUUCAUCCACACUGUUAGAGCCAAUUCUGAGAUCCGAAAAAUAUUUAUCCAAAAUAUAUAUUGUGUACAAGAAUAUAAGAAAAUAAAAAUUAUGCUCUAGGUCUAGACUGUAGAUGAAACCAUUUAUUCCAGAAUUUUCCAAUUAAUUAAAAUAGCUUAUUUGAAAUUAUCUCACCUUUACCUUCACAGUUAAUUUAUUUUAAUUUUGUCGGUGAAUUUGGUGAUGAGAUGGUGCAAUGAUGAAAGGAGUUUUGUAAGGCCUCUUGCAGCGGUCGCUGUAGAAAUGCAUUUAGUAGAUUGUUAAUAACAUGGAAGAUAUUUAAUGUUAAUUGUUAAAUGACAUGUUGGUUGUAGGGUAUUUGAAGACCCAUCCUUUUCGGUUUUCAAAAUUCCUGUUUGACAUUGAUAUGAAAUCAAUAUUAAUUAUUAUUAUAUACUAAUAAAAUAAUUCAGAUGCAAAUAAAUUUUAAAUUUGAAUGUAAGUUAUGUUUUAAUUAAUUCAUAGUUCGUACUUUAGGCUUAAUAAGAUCUGAAUAAAUGUAAAAAAAAGUUUGGCUGUUUUAAAAUUACAUAGACUCUUAUACUACGCAAAUCGUUAUCUAAAAUACAUUAUAUAGAAAUACAAUAAAUUUAUUAAUAUGGCUAAAUGGCAAAGAGCAUUUAAAGAUACCAGCUGGUGUAAUACGAGACCUUAACACAAUGUAGAUGUAAUAGUAAUCAGGUACUCGUUGAUGUUCUAAAGUAUACUAACUGCAGUUGUAAUAAAGUUUAUUAUUAAAAUGUAUAAGUUUUAGCGCGACCUUUUUUAUAAUAUAUAUCUUGUAUCGAUUUUUGACUCAGAAUAUUUGUGUUCAAAAGGAAUUAUUUAUUUUCUUUAGUAUUAUGUGAAUUGCCUUACUUCAGACAUAGCCUCAGGUCAGAUUGUGAAUAUCUAAUAAAUAAUUGAUAUACA